AUGCAGCUCUCUUCCAGUGUGGCUGAACUCAGUUGUGACGAGACGAUGGACCCACCCGCUGAGGACUUCCAGCAGGUCCUGUCCAUUGACCAAAUCCGCUCCAUCCGUGCCAGCAACAACUAUGUGGAGAGACCGGCUGUCUGCUUCCAGCAAGCCCGCUCCAACCCAUCCCUGUCCCAGCCACCACACAAGCAAGAGUGGUCCCAGGACCGCCUGGUGUCUUCCACCUUCCAGGACCUGCACCGCAGCCACAGCCAGCAGCACCAGAUGCCACCUUUGCAGCCACACAUGAGCCAUUCCAGCACGGCCAGCUCCGAAUCGCCGUUGAAGGGGGUGACGGAGAAGCCCACCCUCCACACCGGCCACCUCUUCAUCUGCGAGGAGUGCGGGCGAUGCAAGUGUGCCCGCUGCACGGCCGCCCGCAGCCUGCCCUCCUGCUGGCUCUGCAACCAGCGCUGCCUCUGCUCCCCCGAGAGCCUCCUCGACUACGGGACAUGUCUCUGCUGCGUCAAGGGUCUCUUCUACCACUGCUCCACCGACGACGAGGACACCUGCGCCGACGACCCCUGCUCCUGCGGGCCGGGGUCCUGCUGUGCCCGUUGGGCUGCCAUGAGCUUCCUCUCUCUCCUCAUGCCCUGCCUCUGCUGCUACUUUCCUACCCUGGGGUGCCUCAAACUUUGCCAGCGGGGUUAUGAUGGCCUGAAACGACCCGGCUGCCGCUGCCAGAGCCACACCAAUACAGUUUGCAGAAAGAUCUCCUCCUCCAGCGGCACGCCUUUCCCCAAGGCGCUGGACAAGCCGGUAUGA